AUGGCGCUCUUGAGGUUGGGUUCCAAGCCUGAAACAUUUCAUCGUGAAGGCAACUCUUGGAUAUGUACAUCUGGACUUCCUAAUGAUGUUGACAUUUACAUUGGAGAAAUGUCUUUCCAUCUCCACAAGUUUCCGUUGCUUUCGAGAAGUGGGAUGCUAAGGAAGCUUAUUGAAGAAUGUUGUACAGGUGAUGGAGCGAGUUUUAGUUUGAGGCUUGAUGAUUUACCAGGUGGAGCCAAAGCUUUUGAGCUUAUAUCAAAGUUUUGCUAUGGCGUUAAAAUCGAACUCACUGCACACAACAUCGUUAGCGUUCGAUGUGCAGCAGAGUACCUCGAGAUGACUGAUGAUAACGGAGAUGAGAAUCUCGUUUUGCAAACGGAGUUUUUCCUCGAGGAAGUGCUUGGUACUUGGGCGGAUUCGAUUCGAGCUCUUGAAGCAUGUGAAGAAGUUAUGCCAUAUGCUGAAGAGCUUCACAUUGUGUCAAGGUGCAUCGAUUCGUUGGCAAUGAAGGCUUGUGAAGAUCCGAGUAUAUACGGAUGGCCUUUGGUGGGACGUGAGAGCAAGCAAAGUCCGGAAAAUAAUGGCUUAUGGAACGGAAUAUCAACCCCAACCAAGACGAAAACUACGGGCGAUAAUUGGUGGUUCGAAGACGUAACGUUCCUUAGUCUACCGAUAUAUAAAAGACUGAUUUUAGCUAUUGAAUCAAGAGGCACGAGGCCUGAGAGCAUUGCUGCAUCAGUGGCACACUAUGCUAGGAGGUAUCUUCCCUUGGUGAAUCGACAAUCGAGCUUCGACGAUGCGAAUCAGGGGACAAAUAUUCCGAAACCUUCAGAAGCUGAUCAAAGGGUUCUCCUGGAAGAGAUUGUAGGAUUAAUGCCCAACAAGAAGGGAGUCACAUCAUCCAAGCUUCUCAUUAGACUGCUUCGUACGGCUAUGGUACUGCAUGCAAGUCCUUCAUGCCGAGAAAAUUUGGAGAAGAGGGUCGGAGCACAGUUGGAUCAAGCUUCACUUGUCGAUUUGCUCAUACCGAAUAUGAGUUAUUCCGAGACUCUUUACGAUGUAAACCGCGUUCAGAGAAUUCUUGAUCAUUUCCUGUUAGUAGAGCAGGCUUCAGCUAUAGCCACUCCGGAUAACAUAGUCGAGGAGGAGCAAUUAAUGAACAGAUCCGAUUCAUUAGGGCCAAUGACAAUGGUGGCCCGUCUGGUAGACGGAUUUUUAGCAGAAGUAGCGCAGGAUGUUAAUUUCAAGCUUCCCAAGUUCGAGGCACUUGCUGCUAGAAUCCCAGAUUAUGCUAGACAACUUGAUGAUGGCCUCUAUCAUGCAAUUGAUAUACACUUGAAGGCACAUCCAUGGAUUACAGAUGGUGAACGAGAGCAACUAUGUAGAUUGAUGAACUGUGAAAAGCUCUCAAUCGAAGCCAGCACACAUGCAGCUCAGAAUGAGAGGCUACCACUUCGAGUAAUCGUCCAAGUACUCUUCUUCGAACAAUUACGACUACGAACAUCGAUUUCUGGAUGGUUCUUUCUCUCUGAUAAUCUUGAAAACUCAGCGAAACCUAAUGGAAACUUAGGAGUCGAGGGAUAUGAGUCUCAUCCUACCAUAGGCUCUGCAGAACAUAAUGCGACUGAUGGCGAGGAUGAUGUGAAGCAUCGUGUUUGUGAGCUCGAAAAGGAUUGUUCGAGUAUGAAAGAGGAGAUCCAGAAGCUGGUGAAGGCCAAGAGAAGUUGGAAGAAUUUCACUAGAAGGUUAGGAUUUAAUAAGUCACAAUCUUGUUGUUCGAAAAGAUCGAAGCCAUCCGAUCUUAGAGCCACCCCGUCAUCGGUAAACAAACAACAAAACUGUGAAAAUAUUGAGGUGGUACCUGGAACUUUGAAGGUCAUUUAA